AUUGUGAUUGUGGCGUUGACGAUGACAGUUAAAUUUUUAGAUAUCGUCAAGCCAUUUUGUGCUAUUCUUCCGGAGAUCUCCCGUCCCGAGCGGAAAAUUCAGUUCAGAGAACGAGUAUUAUGGACUGGAAUAACGUUGAUGAUCUUCCUGUUUUGCUGUCAAAUACCACUUUUCGGCAUCAUGUCAUCUGAAUCUGCCGAUCCUCUUUACUGGCUGCGUGUUAUAUCUGCUUCAAAUAAAGGAACACUGAUGGAACUGGGAAUAUCACCUAUUAUAACUUCUGGAUUAAUUAUGCAGUUGUUAGCCGGCAUACAGGUGUUGUCUGUUGGUGACGCCCCCAAAGACAGAGCUUUAUUCAAUGGAGCACAGAAAUUAUUCGGCAUGGUUAUAACUGUUGGUCAAGCCUCUGUAUAUGUUAUGUCUGGGAUUUACGGUGCGCCUAGCGAAUUAGGUGCAGGGAUUUGUCUGCUAAUAAUAUUUCAAUUAACAUUUGCAGGCCUCUUGGUUUUGAUGUUAGAUGAACUUCUUCAGAAAGGCUAUGGUUUGGGGUCAGGCAUAUCAUUGUUUAUCGCAACCAACAUAUGCGAAACGAUUGUAUGGAAAGCAAUUAGCCCAACUACCAUCAACACCGGUCGAGGUACUGAAUUCGAGGGUGCAAUUAUAUCAUUGUUCCAUUUGUUGGCGACACGCACAGAUAAAGUUCGUGCAUUAAGAGAGGCUUUUUACCGCCAAAAUCUGCCAAAUUUAAUGAAUAUCCUUGCAACAAUUCUAGUAUUCGCAGUUGUUAUUUAUUUCCAAAGUUUCAGAGUCGACAUCGCAGUCAAGUCUAUCCGUUAUCGUGGUCAGACCACCUCCUACCCGAUCAAACUUUUUUACACAAGUAAUGCUCCAAUUAUGCUUCAGAGUGCACUUGUUUCAAAUCUUUAUGUUAUGUCACAGAUGUUGGCCAGCAAAUUUCGUGGUAAUUUUUUGAUCAACUUGUUGGGUGUAUGGUCUGACGGUGAAGGGGGCUCUCGAUCUGUGCCUAUUGGGGGAUUGUGUUACUAUAUGACGCCUCCAGAUUCUUUGGGUGAUAUGCUUGUUGACCCAAUACAUGGCAUUUUGUACAUUGCUUUUAUGCUUGGGAGCUGUGCAUUCUUCAGCAAAAUAUGGAUCGAUGUUUCAAACUCCAGUGCCAAGGAUGUUGUUAAGCAACUGAAAGAACAGCAAACUUUCGUUCCAGGGCAUCGAGAAAAUUCAAUGGUCCAUGAGCUGAAUCGCUAUAUUCCGACAGCAGCUGCCCUGGGUGGUCUAUGCAUUGGUGCACUUUCUGUGUUGGCGGAUUUCCUGGGUACGUAAUCCUAAUAUCUCGAAUGCUAAAAAUAAGUCGAAGAUAGUUUGUAAUUUAUCUUCGAUUUUAGGCUAGUAAUUGAUAUUUGAAAUUAUGAGUACGUACGGACUAACUUUCAGUAUCUAGAAACUUUAAGAUGAUCUCAUGGUGUUAUGGAUACCGUUCAGAAUUCGUUAAGCACUCAUUUUACUUAUUCAAAUGAGUGAUAUUUCUAGUUAAUAAUCUGUAAAUUGUAGGCUACACAUGGGUGUUUAUGUAAGACAGCGCUAGUGCUGCUCUUCAAAUCUAGUUACUAGAAUAUGCGAUUUUGUUGAAGUAGUCUUUCUAAACGCUGUCAUGAUUCCGUAGCACUCACUUAUUCUUCAGCGCUUGGAAUGUUCUGCUUACAGCUUAUCAUAUAAUUAGACAUAAUACAGUAGCACGUUUUGUGUUUUAGGCAUUCUGUUGCUGUAAUGAGUUCUCUGUUAACCAGCUGCUUCAGACAUACAUAAUAUCUUAUGAAUCGUGGGCAAUUAGAAAUUUUUUGACAUUCGACGGCACCAUACCAUCUAAAUCCCAUUACAUUAUUUAACACCCAGAGGUUGUUGCACACAAACUUAAUUAGUAAGUUUAUCGUUGGCUUUGGAUUUCGAUAGCAGUACUUAAAGUAGUCCUUCGUGAUCCAAUUUUUUUCAUGGAGGAGCUGCAUAUAUAAAAACCAAUCCGUAUUUGCAGACCGGUGAAAUUUAAUUUUAAAAUUAAUGGUUAUAAGACCUUGGUAAUGACGACCUAAUUUCAAAACAAGGACAUAAGGUAGCAGUCUUCUUAUACUCAAGGUUAGUGGGGGUUUUCUUUUCAUCCAGUAUUGUUCAUCUACGUGACCACAUUGCCUUAAAGGCUAUUUCACCUAGAGAGAUUAACCAACAGGUUAAAGUAUUUAUUGCUGAAAUCAGAGCAUGUGAUACAACGCUGUGUAUGAAAGGGUUGUUGCAGAUAAAAGUUCUAAUUAGUUAAUUACUUGUGUCCAGAAAAUCACUAUGUAAACCAGUGGUGUCCCGUCAUCUUAGAGUGCAAGAGCAAUUACUAUUUAAUUGUAUAAAUUCCUUAGGAUGUUCAAAAGAAUGCACAAGUACAAUUUAUCUUUUGAAAGUCAACUGGUUUUAUUUCACUAUACCUUAUGAUGUAUUCUCAACUGUAUAUUAACAUAGAAAUGUGAAAUCUCAUGGUCUUAUAGAUUGAUAGUAAAUUAGUCUUGGGAUUUCGCUUCAUCAUCUUCAUGUUUGAGUCCUUGAUAAGCGAGACAUACGAUGACUCAGUUAUUCUCAACAAAAACCAAACUUCACUCGUCCUUUAUUAAAUAUUUAUACGUAGUAUGCUAAAUAUGUGUGAAUUUCGUUACCAACGUACUGUACUGAUUCCUGCCAAUUAUUAAAAGAAAUUUUUUCUUUUCAGGUGCUAUUGGAAGUGGGACAGGUAUCCUCAUGGCUGUCACAACAAUCUACCAGUAUUACGAAGUGUUUGUUCGAGAACAGAGCGAGAUGGGUGGUUCCAUGAGUUCUCUGUGGUUAUAAAGGAAAUCUCGUUAAUCUGCAGUUUUUUCAGAUCCAUCUGUCAUUUCUUUCUAAUCAAUAUUCGCAGUUGCAGUGUGCAAAAUAAUGAUAAGCGUGAGAAAAUGUCUUCGCAUAGUUUGCCAAAUGUUCGUAAAACCACCAAACUUUCGACUGUACAUUUAGCAGGUUUUCACAUCUGUAGCUUUGGUCAUUAUUCGCAUAACCAACUGUUUGAUUUCCUUUGUUCAGUAUUUCUGUCCUUAUAUUCACUCAACGUGUACAUUUUGGUUAUCAUUAUUUGCUUCGUACCAUAACUUGUGAUCAUUAAAUGUUUCAUUCCUUC